AUGUUUCAACUAAAUGUUCUUAUUGAUGCAUCUGUAUUACUAUCAAAUGUAAUGUCAUUACUUGAUAAUAAGUUUGUUGAUUUCGUUAAAGAAGAAGCCGGUCAUGCUGCUGUCGCUCUACUUAAAAUACAACGUAUUAGUUGUGUAAAAUCAUUGUUGAUGACAGAUAAUGUUUAUUCUAUUUAUGGACGUGAAGAGUAA